UGUACUUGGAUCCCAUUUUUUAAAUACGAUCCAACUACUUUAGAAAAUCAGAAUCUGAUCCAUCAUUCAACUCCAUCCAAGUAAUUUAAACACUACCACACCUCCAACCUACCCACCCCAUAACCGUUAUAGCGUGUCUUCCACGGUGUCAUCGCAAGCGUAUCUUCCACAGCGUCAUCGCAACCUACCACCAGAGAUGGAUGAUGGGAUGGAGACAAAGCUUCUUCGACAUGAAGAAGAAGAGGAAGGUGACCUAACACUAAGGAUAUGGAACGAGUCAAAAAUGAUAUGGAGGGUUGCAAUGCCAAGCAUCAUUUCAAGGGUCUCUGCAUUCGGUACUAUCGUUGUCACCCAGUCAUUUAUUGGCCAUGUCAGUGAGAUAGAUCUUGCCGGCUAUGCACUUGUUCAAACACUUAGCGUCCGAUUUAUCAUGGGAAUACUUUUAGGAAUGUCUAGUGCAACCGAAACCCUUUGUGGACAAUCAUUUGGAGCCGGGCAACACCACAUGAUGGGCAUUCACUUGCAACGAUCAUGGAUCGUUGACUUGAUUACCUUGACCCUUUUGCUUCCGAUCUUGAUCUUUGGUACCCAAAUCUUCAAGCUCGUGGGUGAGGAUGAAUCGAUAGCAAACAGUGGUGGAUACAUAUCUUUUUGGUUCAUCCCUUUUGUGUAUAACUAUGUUUUUAGCCUGACUAUACAAAUGUAUCUGCAAGCACAGUUAAAGAACAUGAUUAUUGCCUGGCUCUCGUCUUUUCAAUUCGUCAUCCAUAUACUUUUGUCAGUACUUUUUGUGUAUAAGCUGAACAUGGGAGUCUCGGGUGGCAUGAUUGCACUCUCGAUGUCUUCGUGGUUUCUUGUGAUCGGAGAAUUUAUAUACAUUUUUGGAGGAUGGUGUCCAGAUUCUUGGAAAGGAUUCACAAUUGCUGCUUUUAAGGAUCUUGUUCCUGUCAUAAAGCUCUCAAUAUCCUCUGGUAUAAUGCUCUGCUUGGAGCUAUGGUACUAUGCUGUUCUGGUCUUACUUGCUGGAUACAUGCCAAACGCUGAGGUCGCAAUAUCGGCAUUCUCCAUUUGCCUGAACAUUAACUCAUGGGAGUUCAUGAUAAGUCUUGGUUUCUAUGGUGCCGGAUGUGUCCGGGUGGCAAAUGAGAUAGGGCGAGGAAACGCGAAAGCAGUGAAGUUUUCUAUAAAAGUGUUGUUGGUGACAUCGGGCGUGAUAGGCGCCAUCUUCUUUGUUCUCUGUCUGGUGUUCCGGAAAAACAUUGCACACAUGUUUACAAAUGAUGAAAGAGUUGCAGAUACAGUAUCAGAUCUUUCGCUUCUUCUAUCUUUUUCAGUUCUGCUGAACGGCAUUUAUCCUGUACUCUCAGGGGUGGCAAUUGGAGCAGGGAUGCAGGCAACUGUAGCCAUCGUUAACCUCGUUUGCUUUUACGUGAUCGGUCUUCCAUUGGGAGCAUUUCUAGGAUAUUUCACGUCUCUUGACGUUAAGGGUAUAUGGAUUGGAAUGAUAGGAGGUAUUCUAUCGCAAACCAUUACGCUUAUAUAUAUGACUUGGAGAACAAACUGGGAUGAUGAGGUCAAGAAGGCAACAGAACGGCUCACACGAUUUUACUUGAAAUCAAAUGAAUAAUUCAUCGUUGUAACUAAGAAAGGCACUCAUAAGUUUGUUUGUACGUGUUUCUUUUAACUUAAAACUAUUACAUAUGUCUCUUAUGCAUACUCACAUUUGGCUCUUAGUAACACUAUCAGGUAUAUUGCCUAGAUUGUGUGGGAUUUAUUCACUUUCCAUUGAUACAUAUGUCUCCCCUGAAUUAUGACACUUUUGCCUUUGUUCAUCAAA